AUGCAUCCUGAACACAACCAUCAGUUGAUUCCUGAAAAUGCUACCUUUGCUACUAGCUAUUGGAAACUUACUACAGAUAUGAAGGAGCUUAUUGAAAGUUAUACAAUUUGUGACAUUGAUGUCUCAUCCCAGAUUCGGUUACUCUGUGGGUUAUUUCCUGAUGCCACAAUUGUGAACUAUGAUGUGAAAAACUAUGUGUAUAAGCAAACAAUCGAAGCUACAGGAGUUCAGCCCAGAGCUUUUAUGAUUGAUGCAGAUCCAGGCCUUGAAAGCAUUGUUCCUGAAAUAUACUCUGAUACCUACCUUCUUCAUUGUGUUUAG